GCCAGGAACCCUUGACUACAUGAGUCACUACUACUUCGCCCCUUACUGCAGAAUAGGCCCGUUUGUGAUAGGUAUCCUGGCAGGAUAUCUACUGGCUGUAACGAAAGGCCGCAUACAUAUGAAAUGGUUCUACGUUGUCACCGGGUGGGCGGUGGCCAUUGCUGUGGGGCUGGCUUGUGUUUACGGUAUCCAUGGAGAUAUUACCAAAGAAAACGUCAGCACGGUGCAAAUGGCCGCCUUCUAUAACACAGUUGCCAGGUCGGCGUGGGGUGCUUGCAUAUGUUGGGUCAUCGUCGCCUGCGUCACCGGAUAUGGCGGUCCAGUCAAUGCUCUUUUGUCCUGGUCCCCGUUUGUGUUUCUGGGCCGUCUGACCUAUAUGUCGUAUCUGAUCCACCCUACUGUCAUCUACGUCUACACGCAAAAUAUGGACCAGUUAUACUACCUCAACGACACAAAUAUGGUGAUUACAUAUCUGGGAAUCCUCUUCUUCACCAAUAUGGCAGCCUUCGUUCUUGUCCUGGGGUUCGAAUCGCCAAUGAUCGGCUUAGAAAAAAUCUUCCUGUCACGACAUUAG